AAGAAACACAAACAGCAGAGAGACGAACACAGAGACGACUGUUAGACUGUUGGAGAGGGUUAAAGAAUCAGGCUGUAGGUCGGUUAGACUGUUGGUUAAUCAGGCUGUAGGUCAGUUAGACUGUUGGUUAAUCAGGCUGUAGGUCGGUUAGACUGUUGGCUAAUCAGGCUGUAGGUCGGUUAGACUGUUGGAGAGUGUUAAAGAAUCAGGCUGUAGGUCGGUUAGACUGUUGGAGAGUGUUAAAGAAUCAGACUGUAGGUCGGUUAGACUGUUGGUUAAUCAGGCUGUAGGUCGGUUAGACUGUUGGAGAGUGUUAAAGAAUCAGACUGUUAGUUACAGAUUGUGAUGGAGGUGCUCCACUGCAGCAGGAAAAGGCCCUGUGGUGGAGCUGUCCUCCAGCUGCACCAGGAGGCCCAGUGUCCUCCUCCUGCAGGUAAGAGGAGGUGCAGAGAGGAGGAGGAGGAGGAGAUGAAGAGGAGGAGGAGGAGGAGGAGGAGGAGGACGGGAGGAGGCUGUCAGGAGAACCUUGAUCCAGGAGAUGAUGUUCAGACGAGGACACAGACCCAGAGGAGGGAACAAAGAUGCAGAACCAGGACCUCAGUCUGGUCUGGGUCUGGACUCAGGUCAGGUCAAGCCCAGUUGUGCAGACCUGAGGUCAGAGUGGCCCACAUCAGGAAGACCAGGAUCAAGACUGAUCAUAGGACACCGACCUGGGUCAGAUGGACCAGGACCACAGAGUCCACCUGUGAGGUCAGGUCCAGGUCCACAGCAGGUCUGGUCUCAGAUCAGUCCUCAGAGACCAGAACCUGGUCCACAGCAGGUCUGGUCUCAGAUCAGUCCUCAGAGACCAGAACCAGGUCCACAGCAGGUCUGGUCUCAGAGACUAGGACCAGCAGGUCUGAGAGAGGACAGAGGGAGACACCAGGGAUCAGGACCAGGACCAGGAGGAGGAGGAGGGUCCACCCAUCAGUGAUCAGAGGCAGAGGUCAGCUGCAGCUGUCAAUCACUCCGGAGGCGGGACAACUCAUCAUCCAUAUCCACCAGGCCAGAGGACUCCUCAGGUCAUGUAACUCCUACGUGAAGCUGUCAGUGACCUCUGACCUCAGUAUCAGGAUGAAGACUCCAACCGUCCUCAACAACAAGAACCCAGAAUACAACCAUCAGUUUACACUGUGUGUCAGCGAUGACCUCGUCCUCAGCAGGUUGUUGGUUUCAGUGUUCAGCAGGUGCCGCCAGCUGAUUGGCUGUAUGAGCUUUGGGAUCCGUUCUCUCAUCUCAUUGUCAAAGACUGUCACUGGUUGGUUCUACCUGCUCGGGGAGGAGCUUGGGCGGAGCAAACACCUGAGAGUGACAUUACAGAGGAACAAACCAAUGAGGAGCCCAGAGGAUGUUCCAACACUCUGCGAUCUCCGGAGGACUCCAGAGUCUGCCCCGGAUACUGACCUGAACCACAUCACCUCCACCACCUCCUCCACAACCAAGCUCAACCGAGUCACCACCUCCAUCACCUCUACCUCCACCUCUGGACUCAGAGAUCUGACCAACCACAGCCUGACCUCCAGCUGCCCUAAGAGCCUUCACCCCACCACCUACAGCAGCUCCGUCUCCACCCUGAACUUCAACACCACCCAGUGCCAGGCGACCAGAGACAGCAGCAGAACCCAGCGACUAACGGUGAGUGUUGUUCGAGGAAAAGAUGGUUUUGGAUUCACGAUCUGCUGCGACUGUCCGGUCAGAGUCCAGGCUGUGGAUCCAGGAGGUCCGGCUCAUCAGGCCGGGCUCCGUCAGGGAGACUCCAUCCUGCAGCUCAACGGACUUCCUGUAGAAACCUGGAAGUGUGUCGGCGUCGCUCACGCUAUCAGGAGUUGUUCGUCUCAGAUCAUGUUGGUGGUGUGGCGAGGUCCACCUGAGCUCAGGACAGGAAGUGACGCUUUGCUCCGCCCACCAACACACAAUAAGACAACAGGUAGGAAGCUGCUGCCUCACCCUGCCCACAGUAAACAUGGCCGCAGGCAAGGUCAGGGGUCAGUGGUCCGCUCCAGUCUGGGAGCUCUGGGUUCUCUGUGGAGGGACAGGAAGGAGAACCAUGAGGAGGAGGAGGAGGAGGAGGAGGAAGAGGUGACGGAGUACUCAUCUCACGCCACCACACUGAAGGGAACCCGUGUGACAUCAUCACAUGGAGACAAUUACAUCAUCCUGUCACCUGUCAGUCCAGGAGGACAGCUGCUGCAGCCGGUUUAUCAUGACAGAAACGGAACGAUCGGUCGUCUGUAUCAGACUCACCCCAGCAGAGGUCAGAACCUCCUCCAUGACCCUCGACCUGGGUCAUUACGGAGACCCUUCACCGGCUGUACCUCCACCCUGCCCCCGCCCCCCACCACCUCCUCUUCAUCAUCCCCACAUAGUAACUACGGCAACUACCAGAACUGCACCAUCGUCCAAUCACAUCUUCCCUGCUCUGCCUACGGAACCUAUGUCACCCUGGCGCCCAAAACCCUCAUCUUCCCCAUCUUCGUCCAGCCUCUGGAUCUGUGCAGCCCAGACAGAACCCUGCUAAUGUCAGAGGAAAUGAUCCUUCACCAGUCUGACCUGCUGCCUGCAAAGGUGACAGUGUUGAUCUACAGUGACCUGCUGCUGUUCACCAGAGAGGAUGAAGCCGGACGCUGUAACGUCCUACAGAGUCCACUGUACCUGAACACACUGCAGCUGAGAGAGGUGGCGGCGGAGCCCCUCCUGAUCUACUUCGUGCAGAGCUCUCAGGGUUGUUGGCAGCGUCUCUUCAGCCUGGAGGCUUUCAGCAUGGAGCAGAAGAUCAGAGUCAGUCUCUGUGUCCAUGACAACAUCCAGCUACAGCUGGUCACCACGGAGACUGGACACAGUCACCAGCCCUCAGACCUCCCCUCAGACUUCGGCCUCCUCUCUCUGAGUCAGUCUGACAUCCUCUAUCGUCCCUCCUCUCCUUACUCCUCGUCUGCUCCUCCCCUCCUCAGCUCCUCCUCUCCUUACUCCUCCCUCUGUGACCCCCUCAGACCUCCCUCCCCCUCUCCUUACUCCCCCAGCUCCACCUUCUCCUCCUCCACCCCUCCCCCUCCUCCCCUCUUCUCCUCCCUGUCUCCGAACACCUCCUCCUCACCUCCUUCCAGGACCUUUACCACUCUACCUCAGCACCUCCCCCCACCUCCCCCCUUCUCCUCCACCCACAGGAGUCCAAUCUGGAAGGAGAGGGGAGGAGCAGAAGAGGAGGAGGACAGGAGGAAGAGGAGGCGUGAGGAGGUGGAGGAGAGGCAGCAGGGGGAGGGAGAGAGCGCCUCAGAGACAUCAGAGACAGUGGGAGGUGUUGGAGGGCGGAGCCUCUUGCUCAGCCCCCACCACCUCUACAUGAAGGAGGAGGAGAGUGAUGAAGAUGAAGAGGAGGAGGGGGGAGGUGCUGAGGAGUUCCCCUCCACCUUCAGACCUGCAGUUCUGCGUCGCUCUCUCUCUGAGGGUUCUCUGCUGCAGGAACCUCGGUCUCCCCGCUUCCUGUCUGACAGCACCAUCCAUCGACUCAUCCGCCCGGUGACCUUUGAUCUUGAGCUCGGCACAGGCCCCACCCCCCAACCCCCCUCCAUCCACACCCUAAAGAGACAGCUCACCAGAGAAGGGGGGUCCCUGCACCACAUGCUGCUGCUGCUCAAUGGCACCAAGGACAGCGAGUUCAGAAACCUUCAACUGAGGAAGAAGACGAAGAGUCUAGCCGCUGAUGUUCGGAGCCGCCUGCUGUUUCUACGGCGACGGAGGGUCGGUGCCUGUAAGCGUGGUAACAGUUUGGAGAAAGCUCUGAGGAACAACAGACCAUCUGGGGGAGAGGUGCUCAGGUGGGCGGAGAGUCUGGAGGCUCUGCUGACCAAUCAGUAUGGUCUGGCUGUGUUCCGUCACUUCCUGAGGUUGGAGUUCAGCGAGGAAAACCUCGACUUCUGGUUGGCUGUGGAGAGAUUUAAGAGGACACACCCCCUCAGCAAGAUGGCCGCCAGAGCUGCGAAAAUCUAUGACGAGUUCAUCUCUACCAAUGCAGCGAGACAGGUCAACAUGGACUCGUCUGUCAGAGAAUCGACCAAUCAGAGCCUUCGUCUUGGUGUCAGCCCUGCCUCCUUCCAGCUGGCCCAGGAUCAGAUCUUUAGCCUGAUGGAGACCGACAGUUACCCACGAUUCCUCAGGUCCCGCCUCUACACCCAGCUGGCCAAUCAGGGUGCACAGACAGCUUCUGAGUCGUCCAAUCAGAGUGGAGCUGGGUCUGCGUCUGUCGGCCAAUCAUAAGGAGGGAGGAGACAGAGUCUGACCGUCAUCAGAUUGGCUGUCAGCAGCUCCUGUCAUCUAUUCAGACAAGAGCCGACUAAUGAGAAGAAACUGUCCAGGUGCAUUCUGGGAAAUAUAGGAUCCACUGUUGACAGACUAAAGGUCAGGACGUCUCCUCCUCUGUUGCUGCUGUGGACUGCUCCGUUUUUAACAUCACAACAACAACAACAACGACAACAUUCUACGACUACGUUAAAUAUUUUUAAAAACAUAUUAAUAACUUUAGUAUCUUUGACUUUAUAAAAACUUGUCAUCAGAUAUUUGUUUGGGUUCAAACUGUGUCUGAUUUUAGUUUUUAAAUGAUGUCAUCACCCCCCCAUUAAGUAAUGGACAGAUGAGCAGCCGCAGACUGACAACAGUCUGACAACACGUCCUGUUUCCUUCAGAUGUUAAAUGUUAACAUUAAAACAUGAGACGACCCAGAGACGUCACGUCUGAACAUCACGAGGAUUAAUCACUUUUUUAUUGAUUCCUUUUUUUAUUUGACUCUUUUAGUGUGACUGUUACCUGACGUUAAGUGACGUUAGUGACGUUAAGUGACAUUAAUGACGUUAAGUGACGUUAGUGACGUUAAGUGACGUUAAUGACGUUAAGUGACGUUAAGUGACAUUAAUGACGUUAAGUGACGUUAAGUGAC